UCGCUUUCGUUUCAGAACCUCAAACAUCUCGCGACUGAUUUUCUCGUUGCGUUAUUAACGUAUUCGGAAUUGAACAAUUGUACUACUUACCUUUCUAAAGAAGACACCUUCGAAUAAUAAGACGGGUGAUUAGGAUCAUUAAUCGAGAGCAUUAAGAGCAACGAAGAAACACGAUCACUUACCUUGCACUCUGCCGAAUACUUCGAAAUCGACUCCGACUAAUUUCGACAUUUCCGAACUCGUGUACCGUGGUGUUAAUUCCGUUAGCAGAAUUAUCGCGAGGAGGCCGAGAGCAGUGUUCGGAUAUUCCAGGAUUAACGUUCGAACAUUACUCGACGAGAAGAGCGAAUGUGCGUGGUUCGUUCGUGAAAUCAGAGUCGACUAGAUGUCGCCAUGGGAGGUUAAAUCAGCUGUUCCGGAACAUGAUCGUACUUCGUAUUCACGGCGACGAAUUGAUGUUCGGCGGCAGCGGGACUGUAAUGACACACUCGCCACGUAUACCCCAGAUGGAGAUGAUGAAGGUCCACAUUCCGUUCACCUUCAAGCUUCACGAAAGCUUCAAGAGCACUUACGCCGAGGUUGAAUGCGAGGUGUCGAGUCAAGUGGAGUAUUCUCUGCAGGCGAUCUGGGGCGUGAGCAUAAGAGAGCUUCACCUGGCGCUCUGGAAGCCCUGGAGCACCCUCAGAGACGCGUCCUUGAACGGCACUCUUCUCCAAGGCCACGCGCAGUACCUCACGCCGCCUGAAACUAGACAACCGCACGGCGAGGAGACGCUGAGACUGUCGCUUCCGGCGCCGGAAUUGGAACUCGGCACGCCUCCCCGUCUCUGCUAUCCUCUGGUGAUCUUCCUGACCCGUCGGGACAACGGAGAUCCUCAUCCCGACGAAACGGUUGCACUGGUGAACGUGGUCCACAUCAAGGAUAGCGUCUGCACCCUACCAACUUCGAUUCUGGCGCAAUACCUGAAGCAAGCGAACGGCCAGCUGUCCUGCCUGAAGCAAUUGUACCUGGCGACGGGCAACUCGACGAACUACGACGAGGGAGACGUGUCCUCUGGCUUGGGCUCGGCUUUGGCUCUCGCCGAGCCGUGCAACAACAACGGCGGCGCGACGAGGGGCGCGCUGGUCGCUUCCGGUACCGGCGAUCCGGAGGGAUCGCUCUGGAACACCGCGGGGGAACAGCUUUGCGUCGUCUGCCAGUACUUCCCUCUCUCUCGAGCCUUGCUCCCUUGCAGGCACACCUGCAUCUGCGCCUCCUGCUUCGGGAAGCUGGACCGAUGCCCCAUGUGCAGAAGCCCCAUAAAGAGCUACUUCUGCAUCCGGGGCGAAGAGUACAUGCCCCUCGAGACGGAGAUCAACCCGUGCAAGCAGCGGCAGUCGAAUCACGGGCCGACCCACUGGCUGCACGACUGGAACGACAGACUCACCGAUUUCCUCGGGUUCGCCCGAUAAAGGAUCGCCGUCCGAAUCCUUUCGAAUCGAAUCGGGAAACUCCUCGUUCGUUUCAACCGAUAAACGGUCGCGAGAGACCGACGUGUCCCCUCGAUCGAACGAACGAACAAGGUUCGUCGGGCAACCGUGUCUUCUUUGGACGUAGCGUUUUCAAGAAAGAGGUAGCACAGUCGCCUCUACGACGAAGACCCGCUGUCCGUUAGUAGCCGUUCCGUGAGUAACAGAGAUCGGUUCGAUCGAGAACGUUCGAUAGGGAGAACCGCCUGUCGGCGCUGAAAUUUCGAAUGUUCGCGACACGGUUCUCGACCAGUGGCGACGUUAUAGUAUAUUAUAGUAUAGUAUAAUAUGGUAUAGUAUAGUAUAGUAUAUCAUAGUAUAGUAUAGUAUAGUAUAGUAUAAUAUAGUAUAGUAUAGUGUAGGACAGAUUUUGUUCGAGGUUCUUCGUUACUCACGGUCGCAAACCACUGCGUUCACGUCGGUACGCGCGUUCGUUUUCUCUUAUCGCGAUCGUUCGCUCGACUUUGCCUCGAACAGCGAUCUCGAAGACCAAGUAGAACGAGCCGCGGAUCAGAGUUGAUUAAAUGUAAAAGAGAAUCGACGUCGACACGUCGGGCAAGAACGAUUAAUGGUUCGGCGACGAACGGACAAAUUUCUAAAUCACCUAUAUGGAAUAACGUUUGAAAUUUUUACCACGUAACGUUGUAUAAAUACUUAAGGUGUACAUACAAGAUAGAAAAUAGGACGUGUCCGAUUCUACGAUUGUAACUAACGAUUAAGUUAUUGAUAUUAUUUCAUACGAUACGCAAAUUUAUUCGAUAGAUCUAGAGACAUUAGUUCUGAUACGAUGCAUGCCUUUAAAGUAUUUCCCACCCUCUUCCGCUCUCCAUACCCUCGACGUUUUCUAUCUGUACGGAUUACGAGUCCAAAGGAGAAUCCUUUAUGUUUUCUUUGUAAUUGCUCUGCCGUCCAUGAGCAGCGAUGGAAACACUUUUGCGCGAGGUUUCUCGCAAGGGAAACCGUUUCAACGGAAACAACAACAACAACAACAACAACAUGAAGAAGAAAAGGAACGAAACGUUCGGUGGAAAUUAAUUUAAGAGAAGGAUGUUGCGUUAACGUUAUAAACUGUAAAUACACAGACUGUGAUAAUUGUAAUAACAUCUAUUAUGUACCAGACACCGCGAUAAUGUCCCUACAUGCCGGGACAUCGGAACGGGAAAAAUUGGAGCAACGGGGGACACGACCGUUCCCGGAUUUCACUGUUUAACGCGGUACAUGUUAUCAGCCUUUUUUUUUAAUAUCUCCUAGGGAUACACGUUUAAA